CAGUCAAACAAAUUCCGUCGGGUUUAGUUUCCAUUCCAUUUUCUCCGCAAUUUUAUUCCAGAUUUUCCCUGCUAAACAACUGAUAACGUGAUUCCCCACGAAUCCCGGAAAGUCCCUUUCGAACAAUGCUCGAAAAAGGUAAAGUCUCCCUCGUAGGGGUCCUCCUUUUGCUGACGGUGCUUCUCGAGUGUACCUUCAGUCUUCCGGUGGUGACGCAGAAGGCGAAAACGGAGAAGCCAGAAGAGGAGGUCAAGGACAGCAACGUGGAACAGAUAGAGAAUGUUAUUGAGUACAAUAAGUAUUUGCAAGAGGUAGUAAAGGUGCUGGAAAGCGACCCAGUGUUUCGAGAAAAAUUAGAUAAAGCAGCGGAAAGUGAUAUUAGAUCUGGUAAAAUUGCUCAGGAAUUGGAAUAUGUGAACCAUAAUGUACGAUCCCAAUUAGAUGAACUGAAGCGGAUUGAGCUGCAGCGAUUACGUGAACUAGCGACGAGGCAAUUUGAACUAUCGAAUCACAUCGAUCGAAACCAUAUGAAAAUUGCCGAACAUCUCGAUCAUGAGAAUCAACACACUUUUGAAAUUGAUGACUUGAAGAAGUUGAUUCUGAAAACGUCUCAGGAUCUGUCGGAAAAUGAUCGCCGACGCAGGGAGGAAUUCAAACAGUACGAACUUCAGAAGGAAUUUGAAAAGCAGGAGCAAAUGCGCCAGCUGGACGAAGAGCAUCGCAAACAGUACGAUGAAGAAUUGAAGAAACAGCAGGAGAAACAUAACAACCAUGAGAAGAUCCAUCAUCCUGGAAAUAAAGCUCAACUGGAAGAGGUCUGGGAGAAGCAAGAUCAUAUGGAUGGACAGGAUUUUGAUCCGAAAACGUUUUUCAUGCUACAUGACAUCGAUGGAAAUGGAUUCUGGGAUGAAAACGAAGUAAAGGUACUUUUCAUCAACGAGCUGAAUAAAAUGUACCAGGCAGGAACGCCCGAAGACGACAUGAAGGAGAGAGCUGAAGAAAUGGAACGAAUGAGGGAGCAUGUGUUCCAGGAAGCCGAUACCAACAAAGAUGGUCUGAUCAGUUAUGAAGAAUUUAUUGAGCAAACCAAGCGUGAAGAAUUUCAGAAGGACCCCGAAUGGGAUACUGUCGACCAUCAGCCUCAGUUCACACAUGAGGAGUAUUUGGAAUAUGAACGACGCAAUCAAGAGCAAAUUCAGCGGUUGAUUGCUGAAGGAAAGCUUCCACCGCAUCCAAACAUGCCACAGGGAUAUUAUCCUGGACCCAACACUGGCCCAUACCAAGCACACCCCAAUGCUAUUCCGCAAAACAAUCAACCCUAUAAUCCGCCACAACCGGGACACCCAAACCAAGCACCCCAAUAUCAAGCUCAUCCACAGCAAGCUUACCCGCAACAAGUGAAUCUGCACCCGAAUCAGGUCUAUCAGCAUCACCAAGAUCCAAACUAUCAACAACAAAGUGGUCAACAGUCCAACGUGUACCAGCACCCUCCGCAGUAUCAACAGCAACCACAGCAACAUCCACUUCCCCAACAGCAGCAGCAGCAAUAUAAUCAACAUCCACCACAGAAGCAGCAAGAGCAGUACCAGCAACAACAGGUUCAAAAUCCUCCGGUUCAUCAAAAUCAACAGCCUAAGAACCAACCACAACCUGCUGCCCAACAAGAACAACAACUUUCACCACCUGCUGUACAACAACAGCAUCAACAGCCACCGAUAAUCAAAAACCAAGCACCUCCCCCUCAAAAUCAACCACAACUACAACAACAGCAACAACAUGCUCAGCACAACGUUCCCAAUAGCCAACCCCCAGCUGGACAAGUGCCACCACCACAGCAGCAGCAGCAGCAGCAGCAGCAGCAGCAACAGCAGCAGCAGCAGCAUCAACAACAACAACAACGGCCUUCCGUGCAAUCACAGCAGCAGAAACACUAAAAUUCGAUGUGGUGUAUAAAACUUCUAUAAUAUUGCUAUACUCUAGAAGAACAAAACUUUAUAAAAACCUGUGCAGUAUAUGAUGAAACGAGUUUGUGGAAUCCAGGCCUAUAGAUAAAACGAAAAACUGAAUUCUAGUAACACUAACGAUGAGCACUCGACGGCCAAAUGUAACUGGCGAUUUUUCCAGUAUAAACUUUUCGUUGCAUUUUUAUACUUUUCCGACGAAUCAUACAAAUAGAAAAGGUCUAGUGAUUUUCAAGACUGUUUGGUAAAUUUCUAGAAUCGUUCAAAAACCUCUAAUGUGUAUAACUCAACUAUUCGAGUAAUAAAUCUGUCUGAAUCUUGUA